ACCAUUCGCACUUGGUUUACAGCAAGAUACCUAAUUGAAAGCUACCGCUGCUAGACAGGAAGUCAAAGGCUUUGCUUUAUUGCUCACAAGUCAUUUUGCAAACUAACUUUUGUAUACAAUACUACAUAAAUCAGAAGUCUAUUUCGUUGACUUGAACACUCUGUAGAACAUAGGGUUAGAAUGGACGUAGAACCCAUCUUCUGCGCGGAGCAGAUUGUCAUCCCUCACAACCUGGCAGACAUUCUUAAAGCGUACACGAAGGAGGUUAUCCGACGACAACCCAAUGACAUCAUAGCGUUUUCAGCAAAGUACUUUACAAACCUAGCAAACGUAGCCUCAGGCGCAACCAGCACCCCAGCACCCGGCAAAGAGCAGCUACGACAAGUGUACGGCCGUGGCGGCAGCGGUGGCGCAGUCCUCACCGAAUCCCAGGUCAACGGCCUCUGCCAGCAAGCCGGCAUCGCGGACCCAGUCGUCGCCAAAGUCCUGGAGGUCGGCAACUUCGACCCCGCGGCCAUCGACCUGCACAAAUUCGUCUUCCUCAUGCUGGCCAUGAGCUGCGAGGACUUUAACCGCGUGUGCAUGGGCGUGUUCGAUGUUUUCUCGGACAACGGCUCGCUGCCCACGGAGCAAUUCCUGACGUUGAUCAGCUACCUGGGGCCCGACAUGGAUCCGGACGUGACGCCGGCGUUCCUCACGGCCCUCGAAAAUGACCUGGCGGGUCCGCCCACUGUGACCUACAUGGAGAUCUGCGAGGCCCCCACCAUGAAGCCCAAGCUGGGGCUGUCGUAGGAGAGGGCGCGACGCAUGGAGGCUGGGGGGGGGCUGUUGGGAGGCAGGGGUGAGGGAGAGGUGAGGGAGGGGUGAGGGAAGGUGGGAGGAAGGAGGAGGAGGAGGUACUUAGGGGAGGAACUCGAGCGCGGAAGGAGGGGCGGAAGCUGAGGGCGGGGCUACAUAAGGGCAGCCACCCUUAGGCGGCGGUAGGUGCGGAGGGCUGGAGAGCAAUGGCGUCCGUAUGACAAUGAUAUGUCACAGCGGCGCGGUAGAGUGUGUGAUACUGGUGAUCUGGUGUGUUGGGCAAUGCCGGCUGCAUGUUGACGACCUUGGAGCAGGUGCCCAUUUAAGGGCAACAGUGCGAAAGCACAGCUUGUGUGUGGGGGUUAAUAGGGAUACAUAUUCCGCAUUAGGCUGGAUUUAAGGAUUUCGGGGGGGAACGGACGGCGUGAGCUAACCCCAAUUAGGCUGUUAUGACGUGCCUUCCCUUGCCUUCUUGUUUGUGAUCGCUGUAACGGUCAUUCAUUCAUACCUGCUCUCGGGGUUGCUUCCUACUCCCUGUGCUCUUUCUUCUGAUGGGAGGAUGCAAGGGCUGGAUGCGAAGGGCUGGAUGCAAAGCGCUUGAUGCGGGAGUUCGGUCAGUCCUGGGAUCAGUUCGUGAACCAUCCCUCCCUCUCGGUGUGCCCGGAACGUACCGGUACUGGAUGCGUGUAUGCGUGGUGUGUGGAAUCGUGGUGCGUCGAGCACGUUUAUUUGCGCCACGCACUUGGACGUCCUUACGGGCAGCAGCAGGCGUUUACUUCCUCCAUCCACCUAGGUCAUGCGCGUCCGCUUGAUGAUUCGGAACGUUGGGUGUGGUUACAGCCCGUUUGGCGUGUGUGCGCCCGUGGCGUGGUGCUAUAUAGCCGUGGAGGAUUGAUUGUUCACGUGCCGGCGAGAGGUGCUGGGGGCUGGUGUUCCAAGCGUCCUGAAAGCCCAAGGACAUGCAGGCGGGACCAAGAAAUGAGAGGAG